AUUUAAGACUCUGUCUUGUAAAAGAAAAAGUAUUUACUCCUAUUUGAUAAAACUUGAAACAUCUACUUGUGGAGCUCUUAACUAAACUUACUUUAGGCAAAAUAAUGUCUGAGAAUAAUAAAAUAUUCGUAAAUUAUUUAAAGAUGGAAUUUAUGUUUCUGAUUAUCACAACGUUAUGCAUUUGCGCCAGAGCAGCUGUCCCUGUGUUUACGACUCCCGGAUCGCCUGGACGUGCAGUUCCCGUGUCGGAAAGUUUACCCGCCGGGACGUCGGUAUACAGGGCUGUAGCAGUGGAUGCCGACGGCGAUGUUUUGGUGUAUUCACUAACGUCACAGAUACCUACAAGUCCACAGAAGUUUAACAUCGACUCGAAAUCUGGCGUGGUAACAACACUUUCCACUUUUGAUGUUGAUGGUCCAAGUGCGAUCAAUCAAUAUGAGAUAGCAAUUAGAGUAACGGAUGGGACACGAGACGUACAAACUACACUUGUCAUGCAAAUUGUUGAUGAAAACGACAACAGCCCAGUGUUCAGUCAUUACGAAGUCAUCAGACAGACAACCAAGCCAGGAUAUAUUGUCGCCGAUAUUCGAGCGGAUGAUGUCGAUUCUGAAAUGAACGGGUUGGUAACCUACAAAAUUACAGGUGGGAACGAAGAGGGCGCUUUUGGUAUAGAUGCAGACGUCGGAGUCCUUUACACAAUGUAUGAGCUUGAUCCUAGAACACGUGACCUGUAUAACCUCGUGAUCGAAGCUCGUGACUCUGGAAAAACUCCACGGUCAUCAACAAUGACUAUGACAUUGACAUUGAUCGGUGACCAUGGCAACGGUGUAGAAGAUAUAAGACAUCGCCUCCUAUCGUUCAUCAUUUAUUAUUUCAUCUUGUUUGCAACAUUAAAGACAUUGUGCUAAAGUAUAAUAUACAUAUUCAUAAACACAUGUAAAUCCAUGGAAGCAGUUGUAUGUAUAGCGUCAUGUUCAUGUACGGAAUUUUACCGUUUUUUGUCCUAUUUGUAGUAAACUGUCCCCGCAUAACCCUCACCCACCCAUCAAUCAGGCAUCAGUUACUGUUUAAGUUAGAUUAAAACUGCCAAAUCGAAUACUACUACUCCUGCACUUGUUUAUUGGACCAUAUUUUUUGUCAUGUUUAUGCAGUAAUAUAUCAGCCACGAUGGGAACAAAAGUCACGACUAUCAAUUAAAACUAAAGUCUUUAAAAUGAUAUUUUUAGCUUUCUUGAUAUUGAUCUUAGAUGGUGAGAUUUUGCAGCAAAAUAAACAAGUCCACUGCUGCCCGUGUGUUUACUGUAAAAUACGUGAAAAGAGUUUGUAUUUAACACAGGCUGAACGUUUCUGAUAUUCUGUAAAUAUCAAGUGUCUAUUUAACUGUUCAAAAUCCACAGAAUCCAUAAUGAAGCCUUCAUAUACUUGGUUGCGAGCUUUUGACUUCUUGGCAAGAAUAAUUGUCUUUACCAAUAAAAGGCACUGUAUAUCGGCGUGGCAGUAUGUGGCAUGAGCAGGUGUAUUGGCGCUGAAAAUAUAUAACACGGCAGCAGAAAUUCUUUCAAAAAAGUGUUCGGGUGAGGAGGGUGGGUAUUUUUGUACACGAAGUGUCGACUUGCCUGCUUAGUUAUUUGUGAAGGAAUGGACCGGUUUGAAAUAUAAAAUGACCAAAAUGACCACACCCGUGAACUGCUCGUGCGUGAAAUUGAUUAAUCGAGGCACGUUAUUAUUAUAUGGACUGGAUUGGAAUAACAGAAGCAGAAAUUAUAGCUCUCGUGUGCCUACUGAAAAAUAACAUAAAUUUAUUUCUCAAGAGAACAUAAAUUCCUUUAUAUUCAUACAUGUAUUUAGUUUUCUUACAUUUUCGUAUAUUUUAUGGAUUCUUGAUACUCAA